AUGAGCUUCGACUCGACAUCGUCUAAGAAGUUGAACUUCGACAAAGCUAACAAUUUCAUGAGGCAAUUCAGAGAUCCGGAUUCGAGGGAGCUGAAGAAGCUAUCCGCCAACCAGUUUAUGGAGGUCUGGAGCCAUUACGACAGAGACGGCAAUGGCUACAUCGAGGGCACGGAGCUGGAUGGCUUCCUGAAGGAGUUCGUGUCAAGCGCAAACUUCAUCGAUGUCAGUCCAGACGUGAGUCAA